AGAAGGGUCUCAUUUUCUCUCUCUCACGGUUGACAGACAACGUGUUAAUAAGAUGUCGAUUGGAGUGCCCAUCAAAGUUCUUCAUGAAGCAGAGGGACACAUAGUCACCUGUGAAACCAACACUGGGGAGGUUUACAGGGGCAAACUCAUUGAGGCUGAGGACAACAUGAACUGCCAGAUGGCAAACAUCACAGUCACAUUCAGGGAUGGCCGUGUAUCUCAGCUGGAGCAGGUGUAUAUUCGUGGCAGUAAGAUCAGGUUCCUCAUCCUCCCCGACAUGCUGAAAAAUGCUCCCAUGUUAAAGAGUAUGAAGAACAAAAAUCAGGCAGCUGGUGCAGGUCGAGGAAAAGCAGCUAUUCUCAAAGCCCAAGUGGCUGCCAGAGGACGUGGACGUGGUGGACCAGGACGAGGGAACGUAUUCCAGAAGAGACGCUAGUUUUAUAUUGAUGCCUUUUUUUUACUGUAAACUUUACUGAAUUUUUUUUAUUCAUAAUUUUACCAGCUUUUUGGUUUGAUCUAUUUUAUAAUGGUCCUUUUAUGCUUGGAGAAAUAAAUGGGCGAUUUUUCAAUU